GUUAUUGAAUUACCCGAGUUUCACAGGCCUGCACAGGUGAGUGCACCCCGAAACAGGUGCCACGCUGGUCAAACCCGCAGAUGGGGCUUCGCCGAUGAGGACUCAUCCCACUUGAAGAGCCAUAUGUGAUACCAGUAAUAGAUGGCUGAGAUAUAUGUAUUGUUUUACUUUACAUGAAGAAGCACGGCUUUCCAUGGCUGAUUAAAAUAUUCUGUGUCCAACUCAAGAGUUCCCUUCAGGGCGCAUUUUAUUUUAACGGCAUAGCCGACUCGAUUGGGUUGAACCCGUGCUGGGAUCUGACAGCUGGACCGCCGAGCGCGCUGAUGAUGCAAAAUAACGAGGAUUAACUGGCAAGGGCUCAACCCCGCUUCCCCUGCUGCAACAAACGCCAGGGGCCCCACGCCGUGUGCCCACGCCUUGAACCAGCGAUGUCCCGUUAUGACUCGAAGGCGGACUUCCGGGUGCACGACUUCCGCACGCUGGCGCGGAGCAGGGAUGCGGAAGCAAUGGCCAUGCUCAAGCGAAUUGCGCACCAGGUCCAGCCAAUCAUGCGCCGGCGUGAGUGGACGGUCCCGCUGUUGUCGGAGUUCUUUCCCGUUCAAACAAACCUGCUCGGGCUUAAUGUGGGCGGCGGCGGCGGCCGCACACGCGAGGUCAAAGUCCGGCUGCGGCCCGCGCGUGACCCGGACUCCUUCCUGCCGUAUGAGUCUGUGCUGCACACCAUGCUGCAUGAGCUGGUCCACAACGUGCGCGGCCCGCACGACAAGGUGUUCUACAAUCUGCUGGAUGAGGUCACGGCCGAGUGCGAGGAGCUGAUGGCCAAGGGGGUGGGCGGCACGGGUGUGGGCUUCGACGGCCCCUCCUGUGGCCGGCUGGGCUCGCACGCCUUUAUCCCACAGCACAACCCACAUCCAGCCAGCCUAAGGGAUGUGGCGCUUCGGGCCGCUAUGGACCGGGCAAAGCGGCAACGCCUCAUGCCUCAGGGGCCGCAGCGCCUAGGUGGCGGCGGUGGCGGCGGCGAGGGCGGCCCGCAGCGCUAUGCCAAUGCCGCGGCAGCAGCUGCUGCAGCCGCCGAGCGGCGUUGCAGUGACAACAGGUGGUGCCCCUGCGAGCGAGUUGCGAAUGCGCUGGGCCGGGCAGUGGCCGCUGCACAGCAGAAGCGGACUGAAGAGCGGCAGGGGCAGCUGCCUCUCUCUAGGGCGGGUUUGUGCGCCGGUGCCAGCUCUGCGGGCAGUCUGCCCCGAAAUGUCAGCAGCGGGGGCAGCGGACCAGGAGCCGGCGCGAGCGAGAGCUGGAGGGGACCCACAGCAGCGGGACGUAGAGCUGGGCCCGGAGGCAGUAGCGGCGCGCCAGCCUCGGAGGCUAUUUGCAGCAACGGCAGUAGCGCCGCGAACUUUGACCUGGCUGGGGUUGAGGCUGAUCUGGUGCGCCGGAUUGAGGAGGGCGUGAUUGACCUCACGCUGGACUCGGAUUCCGAGCCUGCAGCGGAUGGGGAGGCAGGCGGCCCCACGGCUGCUGGCAGCCGCAGUGGGAUGGUAAACACAACCGGUGCCACCGGCAGCGCCGGUCGCUGUGGGAGCCGCGGGGCGGCCAAGGGGAAUGGGGCAGCUGUAAAGCAACACGCGGGAGCAGGAGGAGGACCCGCGGCAGCUGAGGCUCUACACCAAACAGUUCAGAACGGUCCCUGCAGAAGUGGUUGGGGGCAGGCGCAUCUUGAAGCGGUGGUGGUCGUCCUCGACUCGGACGAGGAGGGCGCUGCGUCAGGCUCGCCUGGCUCUGGAGCGGAUCCUGCUCCGUCCUUCCGCGCUCGCUCUGGUCUCCAGGGCGCUGCGGCGCCCGCCGGCUUGGAGCGCACACAGCGGCCAGCUGCUGCCCACCAGCAGUACCAGCAGCAAUCGGCCGCAUCGGCGCCGGCGGCGUCACAGCCGCAGGCCGCUGCGGCUGCCAGCAGUCAUUGCGCUGCGCAGACCUCGAGAGCUGGUGCGGCCGCACCAGGUGGUGCUGCUGGGCUUCACCACAUGCAGCCGCCCCUGCAGAUGCUGCAGCCACGCACCGCCACCGCCGCACGCGCUGCUGCAGCUGCGUUGGCGCGCUUGCAGCAGUCGCAGCACCAGCCCGCUCACCAGCAACAGCAACAACGUACUGCAUAUGGUGCAGCGGCAGCAACACAAGCUGGAACCGCCAGAAAGGCAGCGAACACACAUUCGGCAGCGGCUGCUGCUGCUGAUGCUCAGACUGCAGGUACCAGCCAUGCUGCUGCGGGGGCAAACACUGCUGUAUGCAUCCCCACGGCUGUCGGCCCUGGUCCCUCAAUAAAGGCAGGGGAGGUCGCGCUCCCGGCCAAGCUGGCGGCUGAAGCCGUUCACGUGCUGCCGGUGCCAACAGUGCAGCCAACGGGCAGCGCAGGCACGGACCCCACAUCACAGUCGCUGGAACGUGCUCGUGACGCGGUCAUCGACUUGACGGACGACGCCUAGUGCACAAGGGUAGAAGCGAGUAGGGGUGUUGUUUUGUGUGGGUUUCUGUAGGCGCUGUCGUGGUGGUGUGCCCUCGCUGAGGCUUUGGUGUGGUGUGCCCUCGCUGAGGGAUUGGUGUGGUGGGGCAAGGCCCCCUCAGUGGCCCCUACGUGGGUCGGUCUAGGCAGCUGUGGUGUGUUUGUUGGGGGUGUUGUUGCGGCUUCUGGGCAGCCUAGGGCUGCUGUUUUCGUGGUUAGGUGGUAUUUCGGUUUCCCAGGUGGUGAGCAGGUGGUCUUUUUUUUGAGGCUUCAUCCUUCCAGAGUUGACCAGGGGCAGACACGCUACCCCCCUACUGCUGGGCACAGAGACCCGAAGACAGCCUGGUCCCGCAGACCAGAACCCCGACAGGGCAAGAGAAGAAAGAGAAGAGAAGA